AUGUUUCGGACCAUUUUAACUCGGACACAGCGUCGAGUGGCUCGAUCCGCCAUGACGACAACAACUCGUCGAUGGAAUAGUUUACAAGCCAAUGCUACUCCAUCAAAUGAGAUGCUGCCCAUGCCACUUACAGUCUUAACAGACGACGAGAAGAUGUUUCAAGACUCUGUAAUUCGAUUCGCUGCUGACGUAAUCGAACCAAAAGUUCGUAGCAUGGACGAGAUGGGAGAGAUGACCCCUCAAGUCAUUCAAGGUCUUUUUGACAAUGGAUUGUUAUCAGUGCAGAUCCCAAUGGAAUAUGGAGGUGUUGGAGCAUCCUUUAUGAGUCUUAUCCUGACGAUUGAAGAGCUGUCACGUGUCGAUGCAAGUGUGGGACUCCUAUGUGAUUUACAGAACACGGUCGUGAGCAAUGUCUUUUGGCGUUAUGCUACAGAGGAACAACGUCAGCAGUAUCUCCCUCGACUCUGUAGUGACACAAUAGGCAGUUUCUGUCUCACGGAAGCUGAAGCUGGAAGUGACGCCUUUUCGCUCAAGACAAAAGCUGAUGUCUCGGACGAUAGCAGUUAUUAUGUGCUCAAUGGAGAGAAAAUGUGGAUCUCGAACGUCGCACACGCUGAUGUUUUCCUUGUCAUGGCGACCGUCGACUCGUCCUUAGGCUACAAAGGCAUUACUUGUUUUAUUGUCGAACGAGACACACCCGGUCUUUCAUUUGGACCUCCUGAAAAGAAACUUGGACUCAAUGCAUCGUCCACGUGCUCUGUCAUCCUUGAGGAUGUCAAGAUACCGCGUGAAAAUGUCUUGGGAGACGUUGGACAGGGCUAUGCGAUCGCCAUUGGACAGCUAAAUGAAGGCCGUAUUGGCAUUGCAGCUCAACAGCUCGGAAUCGCUGAAGGUGCUUAUCGUCAUGCAAUGCCGUAUCUCUUUCAACGAAAACAAUUUGGUCGUGCUAUUGGUGACUUCCAGGCAGUGCAGCAUCAGUAUGCGGAAAUAGCAGUGGAGCUUGCAAGCGCUCGUCUACUUGUCUAUAAUGCUGCUCGACUCAAAGACGCCGGUCAUGAGUUUGUUCAAGCUUCUUGUAUGGCCAAACUGCACGCGUCGCGUGUGGCUGAGCGAACUGCCUCGCGAUGCAUCGAGUUGCUGGGCGGCGUGGGGUUUUCCAAACAGCUCAUGGCUGAGAAGUUUUAUCGAGACUGCAAGGUUGGCACCAUUUAUGGCGGCACGAGCAAUGUGCAGCUCAGCACCAUCGCCCGACUGAUAAAGCGGGAGCUUGUCUAA